CGGCGACUGGAGUGAGCGCCCGGCUCGCCGCGCCGACCAGGGCCCGGGCAGGGCCUCGCGCGGGGCCGCGUUCUGCCCCUCAGGCCCGGGGCCGCGUCGGCCGCCGCGCUUCGUCCGCUCCCGGUGAUUUCCUAGAAGCAUGAUUGUUUGUUGCACUUGACCUCACAACCUGGUGAGGACUUCUUUACUGAUAAUGUCAAGUUCAGGUUAUCCUCCCAACCAAGGAGCAUUCAGCACGGAGCAAAGUCGCUAUCCUCCCCACUCUGUUCAGUACACCUUUCCCAGCACCCGUCACCAGCAGGAGUUUGCAGUCCCUGAUUAUCGUUCUUCUCAUCUCGAAGUCAGUCAGGCCUCACAGCUCUUGCAGCAACAGCAGCAGCAGCAGCUUCGCAGACGACCUUCCCUGCUUUCAGAGUUUCACCCAGGUUCUGACAGGCCUCAAGAAAGGAGAACUGGGUAUGAGCAGUUUCACCCCGGCCCUUCCCCGGUGGACCAUGAUUCACUGGAAUCCAAGCGACCACGUCUGGAGCAGGUUUCUGAUUCCCAUUUCCAGCGGGUGAGCGCUGCGGUCUUACCGUUAGUGCACACGCUGCCAGAAGGGGUGAGGUCUUCUGCAGAUGCUAAGAAGGAUCCAGCAUUUGGAGUCAAACAUGAAGCUCCUUCCUCUCCAAUCUCUGGGCAACCAUGUGGAGAUGAUCAAAAUGCUUCACCUUCAAAACUUUCAAAGGAAGAGUUAAUACAGAGUAUGGAUCGUGUAGAUCGAGAAAUUGCAAAAGUAGAACAGCAGAUCCUUAAACUGAAAAAGAAACAACAACAGCUUGAAGAAGAAGCCGCUAAACCUCCAGAGCCUGAGAAGCCUGUGUCCCCUCCUCCCGUGGAGCAGAAACACCGCAGUAUUGUCCAAAUUAUUUACGAUGAAAAUCGGAAAAAAGCAGAAGAAGCUCAUAAAAUAUUUGAAGGUCUUGGCCCAAAAGUUGAACUGCCACUCUAUAACCAGCCAUCAGAUACCAAGGUGUACCAUGAGAACAUCAAGACUGGAGUACCUGCAAGGCGCAUGAUGAAAAACCAGGUGAUGAGGAAAAAACUCAUUUUAUUUUUUAAAAGAAGAAAUCAUGCAAGAAAACAAAGGGAGCAAAAAAUCUGCCAACGUUAUGAUCAGCUCAUGGAGGCAUGGGAGAAAAAAGUGGACAGAAUAGAAAAUAAUCCUCGGAGGAAAGCUAAAGAAAGCAAAACAAGGGAGUAUUAUGAAAAGCAGUUUCCAGAAAUUCGAAAACAAAGAGAACAGCAAGAACGGUUUCAGCGAGUUGGGCAGAGGGGAGCUGGUCUUUCAGCCACCAUUGCUAGGAGUGAACAUGAGAUUUCUGAAAUUAUUGAUGGACUCUCUGAACAGGAGAAUAAUGAGAAACAAAUGCGACAGCUCUCUGUGAUCCCACCUAUGAUGUUUGAUGCAGAACAGAGAAGGGUCAAGUUCAUUAACAUGAAUGGGCUUAUGGAGGACCCUAUGAAGGUUUAUAAAGAUAGGCAGUUCAUGAAUGUUUGGACUGACCAUGAGAAGGAGAUCUUUAAGGACAAGUUUAUCCAGCAUCCAAAAAACUUUGGACUAAUUGCAUCUUACUUGGAAAGGAAGAGUGUUCCUGAUUGUGUUUUAUAUUACUACUUAACCAAGAAAAAUGAGAAUUAUAAAGCCCUAGUAAGAAGGAACUAUGGAAAACGCAGAGGAAGAAACCAGCAGCAAAUUGCCCGACCCUCGCAAGAAGAAAAAGUAGAAGAAAAAGAAGAAGAUAAAGCAGAAAAAACAGAAAAAAAAGAGGAGGAAAAGAAAGAUGAAGAAGAAAAAGAUGAAAAGGAGGACUCUAAAGAAAACACCAAGGAAAAGGAUAAGACAGAAAGUACGGCAGAAGAAACUGAGGAGAGAGAGCAGGCCACGCCCCGGGGCCGAAAGACUGCCAACAGUCAGGGCCGCCGAAAGGGCCGGGUCACCAGGUCCAUGACCAGCGAGGCUGCGGCUGCCAGUGCUGCGGCUGCUGCAGCCACCGAGGAGCCCCCGCCACCUCUGCCACCGCCGCCAGAACCCAUUUCUAUAGAACCUGUAGAAACCUCUCGAUGGACAGAAGAAGAAAUGGAAGUUGCUAAAAAAGGUCUGGUCGAACAUGGCCGUAACUGGGCGGCAAUUGCCAAGAUGGUGGGGACUAAAAGUGAGGCCCAGUGUAAAAACUUCUAUUUUAACUAUAAGAGACGGCACAAUCUUGACAACCUCUUGCAGCAGCAUAAACAGAAAGCCUCACGGAAGCCUCGUGAAGAGCGAGAUGUGUCUCAGUGUGAAAGUGUAGCUUCCACAGUUUCUGCUCAGGAGGACGAGGACAUCGAGGCCUCCAACGAAGAGGAAAAUCCCGAGGACAGUGAAGGUGCUGAAAAUAGUUCUGAUACAGAAAGUGCUCCUUCUCCUUCACCAGUUGAAGCUGUCAAGCCCGGCGAAGACAGCACUGAAAACGCGCCUCCUCGAGGGACCACGGAGCCUGCGGCCGAGCUGGAGGCCACACCCGACACCGUGCCCAGGGCCUCUCCCUCGCUGGCAGUUCCGAGCACAAAAGCAGCCGAGGCUGACAGUGUGGAGACCCAGGCGAACGACAGCAUGGCAGUGGACACGGCAGAGCCGAUGGAUGUGGAGCACGAGGAAUGCGGGGCUGAAGGCAUUUCUGCUCUGGGCCUCCCCUCGGCCGCCAAGGCUGAUGCUGUGGAUGUUGAAAUGGCAGAAAGCAGUCCAUCCAGAGUCGAAGGGGACCCGGAAGACAGAGACCUGGAGAGAAGCAGCGAGAAGCCGGAGCCUGGAGACGACGACCUAGGGGUGGCCCAGCAGAUGAGCGCCCCGAGGCCCGAGCUCCCCUCUGACCACGACUCCAGUGCCACAUGCAGUGCUGAUGAGGAUGUGGACGGGGAACCUGAGAGGCAGCGAAUGUUUCCUAUGGAUUCAAAACCUUCAUUGUUAAACCCCACUGGAUCUAUACUGGUCUCGUCUCCAAUAAAACCAAAUCCACUGGACCUGCCACAGCUUCAGCAUCGAGCUGCUGUCAUCCCGCCAAUGGUUUCCUGCACCCCAUGUAACAUACCGAUUGGCACUCCGGUGAGCGGCUUCGCCCUCUACCAGCGACACAUCAAAGCCAUGCAUGAGUCAGCGCUUCUGGAGGAGCAGCGGCAGAGGCAGGAGCAGACGGACCUGGAGCGCAGGGGCUCGGCGAGCCCGCGUGGCGCCCCCAAGAGCCCGAACAGAGAGCGGGAAGUCCUCCAGCCUGCUCCGCAUCAAGUGAUAACUAACCUCCCUGAAGGGGUUCGGCUUCCAACAACUCGACCCACUAGGCCACCUCCUCCUCUCAUCCCAUCAUCCAAAACCACAGUGGCUUCAGAAAAACCAUCUUUUAUACUGGGAGGCUCCAUCUCACAGGGAACACCCGGCACUUACUUGCCUUCUCCUAAUCAGGCCUCCUAUGCUCCCGAGGCAGCGAAGCCCUCGGCGGGCUCCAUCUCCCUGGGACUGCCGCGGCAGCAGGAGGCCGCCAAGCCAGCUACUGUGCCCUACAUCAAGCAAGAAGAGUUUUCUCCCCGAAGCCAGAACUCACAACCUGAGGGUUUAUUGGUCAGAGCCCAACAUGAAGGAGUGGUCAGAGGUGCCACAGGAGCCGUUCAAGAAGGAAGUAUAACUCGGGGAACUCCCUCCAGCAAGCUUUCUGUGGAGAGCGUCCCAUCCCUCCGGGGCUCUAUCACCCAGGGGACCCCGGCUCUGUCCCAGGCUGGCAUACCAACUGAGGCUUUGGUAAAGGGACCCAUUUCUAGACUCUCCAUUGAAGAGAGCAGUCCUGAGAAAGGCCGAGAGGAAGCUGCAUCCAAAGGCCAUGUUAUUUAUGAAGGCAAAAGUGGACACAUCUUAUCUUACGAUAAUAUUAAGAAUGCCCGAGAAGGGACGAGGAGCCCGAGAACAGCUCAUGAAAUCAGUCUCAAAAGAAGCUAUGAGUCAGUGGAAGGAGCUCUAAAGCAAGGAUUGUCCAUGAGGGAGUCUCCUGUGUCAGCACCGCUGGAGGGGCUGAUCUGCCGAGCAUUACCCAGGGGUAGCCCUCACUCUGACCUCAAAGAAAGGACUGUGCUGUCUGGUUCCAUAAUGCAGGGCACACCAAGAGCGACAGCUGAAAGUUUUGAAGAUGGCCUUAAGUACCCCAAACAGAUUAAAAGGGAGAGUCCGCCCAUACGAGCGUUUGAAGGUGCCAUUACCAAAGGAAAACCUUACGACGGCAUCACCACCAUCAAAGAGAUGGGGCGCUCCAUCCAUGAGAUCCCACGGCAAGAUGUUUUAACUCAGGAAAGCCAGAAAACCCCCGAAGUGGUGCAGAGCACGAGGCCCAUGGUCGAGGGCUCCAUCUCCCAGGGCACACCCGUCAAGUCUGACAGCAGUUCAGGCCAAUCCGCCAUCAAGCACAACGUCAAGUCCUUGGUCGCGGGGCCUAGCAGACUGCCCCGUGGGCUGCCUCCACUGGAAAUUAGGCCAGAGAGCAUAAAAGCGGUCGAACGGGGGAAAUACGAGGAUGUGAAAGCAGGCGAGCCUGUGCGUUCCCGGCACACGUCGGUGGUAAGCUCUGGCCCCUCGGUUCUCAGGUCAACGCUUCACGAAGCUCCCAAAGCACAGCUGAGCCCGGGGAUUUACGAGGACGCCAGCGCACGGCGGCCGCCGGGGAGUUACGCCGGCACCGCGUCCAGAGGCUCGCCCAUGAUGAGCAGAGCUCCCGACGUUACGAUUUCUUCUAGCAAGUCUACCAGUCAUGAAAGGAAAUCGACACUGACCCCUACCCAGAGAGAAAGCAUCACAGCAAAGUCUCCCGUUCCUGGGGUAGACCCUGCAGUGAGCCACAGCCCUUUUGAACCGCACCACAGGGCCGGUGCCCCAGGGGAGGUUUACCGGAGCCAUCUGCCCACACAUCUGGACCCAGCCAUGCCAUUUCACCGGGCUCUGGAUCCCGCAGCUGCUGCUUACCUGUUCCAGAGACAGCUGUCACCAACCCCAGGUUACCCCAGCCAGUACCAGCUCUAUGCGAUGGAGAACACGCGGCAGACGAUCCUCAACGACUACAUCACCUCACAGCAGAUGCAAGUGGGCCUGCGCCCGGACGCGGCCAGAGGGCUGUCCCCCCGGGAGCAGCAGCUGGGUCUUCCGUACCCAGCGGCCAGGGGAAUCAUUGACCUGACCAACAUGCCCCCAGCAAUUUUAGUGCCUCAUCCAGGGGGAACAAGCACUCCCCCCAUGGACAGAAUCACUUACAUUCCUGGAACACAGGUCACCUUCCCUCCCCGGCCGUACAACUCUGCGUCCCUGUCUCCAGGACACUCAACACACCUCGCUGCUGCGGCAAACGCUGAAAGAGAGCGGGAGCGGGAGAAGGAGCGGGAGCGCCUCGCCGCCGCCUCCUCAGACCUCUACCUGCGGCCAGGCUCAGAGCAGCCCGGCCGGCCCAGCAGCCACGGCUACGUUCGCUCACCGUCUCCUUCAGUCAGAGCUCAGGAGACCCUGCUGCAGCAGAGACCCAGCGUUUUCCAGGGAACCAACGGAACCAGCGUGAUCACACCUUUGGACCCCAGCGCACAGCUACGGAUCAUGCCGCUGCCUGCCGGGGGCCCUUCCAUCAGCCAGGGCCUGCCGGCCUCCCGUUACAAUACUGCUGCGGACGCCCUGGCUGCUCUUGUGGACGCUGCAGCGUCUGCUCCCCAGAUGGACGUGUCCAAAACAAAAGAGAGUAAGCAUGAAGCUGCCAGGUUAGAAGAAAAUUUGAGGAGCAGGUCAGCAGCAGUUAGUGAGCAGCAGCUAGAGCAGAAAAGCCUGGAGGCGGAGAAGAGACCCGGUCAGUGUCUGUACACUUCUUCAGCCCUGCCGAGUGGCAAGCCCCAGCCUCAUUCUGCAGUAGUUUACCCUGAGGCUGGGAAAGAGAAAGGGCCUCCUCCAAAAUCCAGAUAUGAGGAAGAGCUAAGGACCCGAGGGAAGACUACCAUUACCGCAGCUAACUUCAUAGACGUGAUCAUCACCCGGCAGAUUGCCUCGGACAAGGACGCAAGGGAACGCGGCUCCCAGAGUUCAGACUCUUCCGGUAGCCUAUCUUCUCACCGGUAUGAAACACCUGGCGACGCCAUUGAGGUGAUAAGCCCUGCCAGCUCCCCCGCGCCGCCCCCCGAGAGGCUGCAGGCCUACCAACCGGAGGUCGUGAAGGCGAGCCAGGCAGAAAACGAAGCCUGCAGGCAGUACGAAGGACCGCUGCACCACUAUCGGCCGCAGCCGGAGUCACCCUCCCCGCAGCCGCCACCACCCCCGUCUUCACAGGCCGAGGGGGUGGGGCCGGUGCCCAGGACACACCGACUCAUCACACUUGCUGAUCACAUCUGUCAAAUUAUCACGCAAGAUUUUGCUAGAAAUCAAGUUCCCUCGCAGCCUCCCCAGCAGCCUCCCACUUCUACAUUCCAAAAUUCACCAUCUGCUUUGGUGUCUACACCCGUGAGGACUAAAACAUCAAACCGCUACAGCCCAGAAUCCCAGUCUCAGUCUCUUCACCAUCAAAGACCAGGUGCCAGGGUCUCUCCGGAAAAUCUUGUGGACAAAUCCAGGGGAAGUAUCAGGCCUGGAAAGUCCCCAGAGAGGAGUCACGUCUCUAGCGAGCCCUACGAGCCCAUCUCCCCACCCCAGGUUCCAGUUGUGCACGAGAAACAGGACAGCGUGCUGCUCCUGGCCCAGCGCGGAGCCGAGCCUGCGGAGCAGAGGAAUGAUCCCCGAUCACCAGGGAGUAUCAGCUACUUGCCUUCAUUCUUCACCAAGCUGGAAAGCACCUCACCCAUGGUUCAAUCCAAGAAGCAGGAGAUCUUUCGUAAGUUGAACUCCUCUGGUGGAGGUGACUCUGAUAUGGCAGCUGCUCAGCCAGGAACUGAGAUCUUUAACUUGCCGGCAGUCACCACCUCAGGCUCCGUGAGCUCCCGAGGUCAUUCCUUUGCUGACCCUGCCAGCAACCUCGGGCUGGAGGACAUCAUCCGGAAGGCGCUCAUGGGGAGCUUUGAAGACAAAGUGGAGGACCACGGGGUCGCCGUGCCCCAGCCCCUGGGGGGGGUGCCCGGUGGCGGUGGCGCCGGCGCCUCGGUGGUGCCCAGCGGGGAGGCCCGCCGAGAGGAAGGGGACCCGUCACCUCACUCAGGAGGAGUUUGCAAACCAAAGCUGAUCGGCAAGUCAAACAGCAGGAAAUCGAAAUCUCCCAUCCCGGGGCAAGGCUACUUGGGAGCUGAACGGCCCUCGUCGGCCUCCUCGGUGCACUCAGAAGGGGAUUACCACAGGCAGACGCCAGGCUGGGCCUGGGAGGACAGGCCUUCCUCGACAGGCUCGACGCAGUUCCCCUACAACCCCCUGACCAUGCGGAUGCUCAGCAGCACGCCCCCUGCGCCCGCCGCCUGCGCGCCCGCCGCCUGCGCGCCCGCCGCCUGCGCGCCCGCCUCCGCCAGCCCCGCCGCCCCUCACCAGCCGAGCAGGAUCUGGGAUCGGGAGCCGGCCCCGCUGCUCUCCGCGCAGUAUGAGACGCUGUCCGACAGCGACUGACCUGCGGGAAGGGGUCCCGGGGCCCCCCGGGUGGGGGAGGGGCUCUGGUUUCUGGGGCUUUCAGUUUUAAUUGCAGGCCAAAAGCCUGCCCUGCUAGGACUUGUGCCCAGAGACUUUUCAGGAGAGCCUGGGCCACAGACGACGACGAAAUGAUGGAAGUUUAUUUCAAGAGUCAAAUGAGGGGAAAAGGCUGCCCUGAUAUAGGCAGUUCAGUGGAUUAUAAUAAUAGUGGAGGGUUGGAAUGUAGAGUUUUUAAAAAGUGGAUAAUCCCUGUUCUUACAUCUGUUUGUAAAGAAAAUCAUAAUGUCUUUAAAUCACUCUUCUGUAAAUAGAUGACCUUUUUGCAGUGUUUCCCCUCGCUCUAGUAUCUCGUGUACUUAUAUUCAAAUCAGCGCAUCAGCUCUGGGGGUAAUUUUUUUAAAUCUCGUCUUUUUAACCUUUGCCUUCUAAACAACCUCAUACAGCCCAGUUAUAUACAAUGUUGGCUGUCACGGGCAUUGUACUUUUAUCCAGUUUUGUUUCCUCCGAACUCAGAUUCCCAGUGAUGUUUAAAAUCUUGUGAUAAAUGUUUAGAUUUUUAACACAGACCCUGUCAUAAAAUCUGUACGUUAACGUAUUAGGGUCAAAAGGAGAAACAAAAUUCUGCCAUACUGUAAAUUUCCAGUGCAGGCUUUAAUUUUUUUAAAAUUAGAAGCACUGAAAAAAUAGUACUGCAUGGGUAUUGUUAUAGUUCAGUUUUUAACGUUUUAAAGGCUUAUUUGAGGCAUACCUCACUGUUACGCACACUGGUAAUUAACCAUGCCCAAGAACUCCUUUUCUCCUGCAUUUGAUGCAGCCCAACAAAGCUUUCGUUUUGAAAUAAAUCUGACUGCCCUGUC